AUGGAGGCGGAGUACCGUGACACGCUGCGCAACAACGGGACAAGCGGGCGGAAACCGAAGAGAAAGAAGCCCUGGUUUGAGUACGUAUACCUGCUCAAACGCAUCCCUGCAAAUGUCAAACCUCACGUGGUCGAAGGCGGAGGAGCUGGUGAAACCCACGUCGACCCGCAAGCCCCGCUUCAGCUUGACGCCGAUAUGCCCGAGGGAGGUACCACAACCCCUGUGACCCGUGGUCUGCAACGUGCACCUCGUCGCGCGGUCGCCAUUGAUGCCACGCCCAGCCCCGUUCUGGCAAGGCGUUCACGCGUGAACGAGACGACGACCAUGGCGGCCGCCAAGGUGAUUUCCGACACGCUGAAUGCGUGCAACGGGCAAGCCAUGGGGCAGCUGAGCGACGCCGUGCAGCUGCUCAUCGCCGCGAUACACAUGGCGGCGGCGAUGUGGCGACCCCCUCCAGCACCGCCUCUACCGGCGACGGUACCUGCACCUGCACAACCACCUGCCAUUGCCAACGACGCGGACAACUUGGUGAAUGCGGCAUUGGUUGAGAGGGAGCUGGCAGAUGCGCCCGAAGAAGAUGAGGGGGCGUCGCCGGAUGACAUGCAUUCUCGCUAG